AUGAAGCAGUUGCAUGAUUCUAAUUUUCUGAAAUUGAAUUCAGAACAGAAAGUUGUAUACCAUUCAGUGAUCGAUAGUGUAACUAAGAAUCAAGGAGGUUUGAUAUUUGUACAUGGGAGUGGCGGAUGUGGAAAGACUUUUCUAUGGCAGACACUUUGUGCUCGACUCCGCUCAGAGCGUAAAAUUGUACUCCCAGUUGCAUCAUCUGGGAUUGCUGCUGUACUGCUUCCUGGUGGGAGGACAGCACAUUCGAGGUUCCACAUCCCUCUGAAAGUAGAUCAACAUUCUACAGCUGGAAUAAAGCAGGGCACCGACAUUGCAGAACUGUUGCACAAGACAAGCCUCAUCAUAUGGGAUGAAGCUCCAAUGCAACACCGUCAUGCUCUUGAGUGUGUUGACAGAAGCUUGCGUGACAUUAUGUCAGUAAUUGACACGAACCGAAAAUACAGACCAUUUGGUGGAAUUACUGUAGUUUUCGGAGGAGACUAUCGUCAGAUACUUCCAGUGAUCCCAAAAGCGCCAAGAGCAGUUGUCGUUGGUGCAACUCUUAAUCGUUCAAAAUUGUGGGAACAGUGUGAGGUCUUCACCCUGAAACAGAACAUGAGGCUGAAACCUGGUAACUCUCCUGAACAGAAUAAAAUAAUUAAAGAGUUUAGUGAAUGGCAGUUGAAGGUUGGUAAUGGGAAGAUUACAGGGGAUCCACAACAUGCUACAAGCUCUGAAGUUUCUUUUCAAGUACCAAGCAGAUUUGUAUUCCAUUCCGCGGAUGAGCCGGUUCAGGCAAUGUUCAACAAAAUAUAUCCAGAUUUCUCCAACAAGAUGAGUUGUCACGAGUACCUCAGGUCCAGAGCUAUUUUAACACCUACAAAUGUAAUCGUCGACGAUAUCAAUGAAUUCAUUUUGGAGAAGAUACAGGCAGAAACUCAUACAUAUUUAAGCCAGGAUUCUAUAGAGGACAAGGGAGUCGAACAAAAUGAAUUUGACGAGUCGUUUCCGGUUGAGUACUUGAAUUCUCUUAACAUGCCUUGCCUUCCUAAGCACGAGCUUAGGGUCAAAGUUGGAGUAGUUGUCAUGUUGAUGCGUAACCUAAACCAAAUUCUUGGGCUUUGCAAUGGUACUCGGCUGGUGGUCACUGCUUGCCGCAAGAACAGCAUUGAGUGUGAGAUACUCUGUGGAGCACAUGUGGGGAGACGACAUCUAAUACCACGAAUCGGCAUGGUUCCAACAGAUACUGCUUGGCCUAUUGAAUUCAGAAGGACUCAAUUCCCACUUCAAAUCUGCUACUCAAUGACGAUAAACAAGAGCCAAGGUCAGUCACUUAAUACCGUUGGUCUAUAUCUUCCCCGGUCUGUUUUUUCACACGGUCAAUUAUAUGUUGCCAUCUCACGUGUUACCUCCCCGGACGGCUUAUGCAUUAUGAUUUAUGCUGAUGAUGGAACCACAUCAGAUAAAACAGUUAAUGUUGUGUUCGAAGAAGUCUUUUACAACAUACCGGACAUGGAUUGCUGA